AGGAGGCCGGGCGGCCCCUGAGCGAGGAGCGCACGCACGCACGGACCGAGACUUGCCCCGGCUCGGCCCGGCCCGGCCCGGCCGCCAUCAGCGGAGAGAAGCCGCCCGGCUCCCGCCUCCGCCGCGACAUGGAGGCUGUGAAAGCCUUUAACAGCGAGUUGUACUCGCUAAAUGAUUAUAAGCCACCCAUUUCUAAAGCUAAAAUGACACAGAUCACCAAGGCAGCAAUCAAGGCUAUAAAGUUCUACAAGCAUGUUGUACAGAGUGUUGAGAAAUUCAUUCAAAAGUGCAAACCAGAGUACAAGGUGCCUGGUCUGUAUGUCAUUGACUCCAUUGUGAGACAGUCUCGGCAUCAGUUUGGACAAGAAAAGGAUGUAUUUGCACCAAGAUUCAGCAAUAACAUCAUCAGCACUUUCCAGAACUUGUACCGUUGUCCUGGUGAUGACAAGAAAGUGGAGGAUUCUGAGGGUUUUGUCUUCACAGAAAUUCAUGUUAUAGGGUCAUUAGUUAAGGAUCCUCUUGUAGUUCUGGACAAAAAAAUUAUUCAGCCUCUCUUGGAUAUGGCAGCAGGAAUUCCUCCUCCCGUUGUGACCCCUGUCUUGCCCAGCACUACAGCUGCUAUGAGCAACAAUACGCCAGGUACGCCUGUAACUCCAGUUACCCCAGCCAAUGUGGCGCAGAGUUUGCCUGAUCCUUGGGUAUCUCAGAUUGCUAACACAGACACCCUUGCUGCUGUUGCACAGAUUUUACAGAGUCCUCAAGGCCAACAGCUUCAGCAGUUGAUACAGACACUGCAGAUACAGCAGCAGAAACCUCAGCCUUCGCUACUUCAAGCUCUGGAUGCCGGUCUCGUUGUCCAGUUACAGGCCCUUACAGCACAGCUCACAGCUGCAGCUGCUGCUGCUAACACACUUAAUCCACUGGAACAGAGUGUCUCUUUUAAUAAGAAGCUGAUGGACAGGUUUGACUUUGGGGAAGAAUCUGAACAAAAUGAAGAGCCUAAAAAGGAAACUCCCUCUUCCCAAUUGCCAUUAGUACCAGAAUCUGUGAACAACUCACUUUUUCACCAACUAGCUGAACAGCUACAGCAGCAAAAUUUAGAACAUCUCAGACAGCAGCUUCUGGAGCAGCAGCAGCCUCAAAAGGCAAGCCCUGAGGAGAAUCAAGAAGGAAAUUUUGGUUCAGAGCACUCUGCAUCACCAUCACAAGGGAGUAGUCAACAACAAUUUUUAGAAGUGGAAGCAAAUGUAGAUGAUUCCAUGGAUAUUCAACAGCAGGACAUGGAUAUAGAUGAAGGUCAGGAUAUUGCUGAAGAAGAGAUUUUUGAACAAGAAGAAAAGAAAUCAGCUGUUCGUUCAAGAUCAAGAACUCGUUCAAGAUCUCGUUCAAGGUCACCAAGAAAACGAAGGUCUAGAUCACGAUCUGGUUCUCGUAAGCGGAAACACAGAAAACGUUCACGCUCAAGAUCAAGAGAAAGGAAGAGAAAGUCUUCUCGGUCAUACUCCAGUGAAAGAAGGGCUAGGGAAAGGGAAAAAGAGCGUCAGAAAAAGGGAUUGCCUCCUAUACGAUCAAAAACACUAAGCGUUUGCAGUACUACUCUUUGGGUAGGUCAAGUAGACAAGAAGGCUACACAGCAAGAUUUAACAAACUUGUUUGAAGAAUUUGGACAAAUAGAGUCAAUUAAUAUGAUUCCCCCAAGAGGAUGUGCUUAUGUCUGUAUGGUACAUAGACAAGAUGCAUAUCGUGCUCUUCAGAAACUUAGUUCUGGGUCAUAUAAAAUUGGAUCUAAAAUUAUUAAGAUUGCUUGGGCUUUGAAUAAAGGUGUGAAAACAGAAUACAAACAAUUCUGGGAUGUGGAUCUGGGAGUUUCCUAUAUUCCAUGGGAGAAAGUGAAAUUGGAUGAUUUAGAGGGCUUUGCUGAAGGUGGCAUGAUUGACCAGGAAACAGUAAAUACAGAGUGGGAAACAGCCAGAAGCUCAGAAGCUGCUAAAGAAAAUACUCAAACGACGCAGAGUGCUACAGUUGAUAAGAGUACCGUUAUCACAACACAGACAGAAGCUUACACACAACCAGUCACUAUGCUGCAGAUUCCAGUAGCUCCAGCUGUGCCUGCUGUUAGCUUGGUUCCACCUGCGUUUCCUGUCACAAUGUCUGUCCCUCCUCCUGGUUAUAGCCCAAUUCCUCCUCCACCCUUCUUGAGAGCAAGUUUCAACCCUUCACAGCCACCUCCAGGUUAUAUGCCUCCUCCAGUUCCACCUGUUGUCCCACCACCCGUUGUCCCACCACCUGUUGUCCCACCAGUUGUUCCAACACCUUUAGUACAGCCUCCAUUACCAAUUGCACAAGAGACGAUGAAGGAUGUUCCUUUCACUGGCCUUGUUCUACCAGUUGGCACAGUUACUAGCAAUCUAGCUACUCCAACAUUAUCUGCUGGAAGUGUUUUUAAUCCCCUACCGAUCAACAAACCAGAAUCAGAUGACAAAGGACCACAUCUUACAGACCUUCAGAUUUCUUCCAGUGAAAACAAUAGAUCUGUGCAAAGUGAUGUCUCGAGUACCUCUGGACUUGUUGGAGGAGUGCAGCCACCCAGUGUCUCAAGCAAUUCUGGGCUUACCGGAGAAGGGCCACCAUCCGCUGGCUCAAGUAGCUCUGGGCUUGCAGGGGGAGUACAGCCACCCAGUGUUUCAAGCAGCUCUGGAAUUGUAGGAGGAGUGCAACCGCCAACUGUUUCCAGCAAUUCUGGUCUUGCAGGAGGAAUGCAGUUGCCUGCUGUCUCCAGUAGCUCUUCUCUUGCUGGCGGGAUUCAGCCAACUAAUGCCUCAAGUAGCUCUGGACUUAUGGCUGGAGUGCCACCACCAAAUGCCUCAAGUAGCUCAGGGCUUCUAGCUGGAGUUCAUCCUCCUGGUGUCUCAAGCAGCCCUGGCCUUCUGACAGGAAUGCAGCCACCCAGUGUUUCCAGUAGCUCAGGAGUUCUGGCAGGAGUACAGCCACCGAGUGUUUCAAGCAACUCUGGGCUUCUCAUAAUGCCACCACCCAACGUUUCAACUAGUUCUGGACUUAUGGGAGUGCCACCACCAAAUAUUUCAAGUAAUUCUGGACUUCUGGCAAUGCAGCAUCCAGGUGCAGUUCCAAACAUGCCUCAUUUAAAUAUCAGUAAUCAAAGAAUGCCAGGAAUGCCUCUUAUAGAUAUCCGUCCAGGCCUAAUGCCCCAUUCGCCUGGACCAAGGUUUCCAUUGAUGCAGCCAGGAAUGCCACCACAGCGUACUAUUCCUCCUCCCGCAAUCCUUGAUCCAUCUCUUCACCCACCACCACCUCGAGGUCCUUUUCCUCCAGGAGAUAUUUUUAAUCAAACAGAAAGACCUUUUGGAACACCAGGAAGACAAAAUAUUGAUAACAUUUCUAAUCCAGAGAAAAGGCUACCACUUGGAGGUGAUAACAUUCAACAGGAGGGGGACAGAGAUUAUCGCUUUCCUCCGGUGGAAAACCGAGAUAAUCUUAACAGACCAUCUCCAGUGGAUGUCAGAGAUUCUGUUGGACGACCACCAGUUGAUCCAAGAGAGGGUAUAGGAAGGCCUCCAGUAGAUGGAAGAGAACAUUUUGCUAGACCACAUAUAGACAUGAGAGAAAAUUUUGGAAGACCAGGUAUGGAUAACCUUGGCCGAAGAGAGCAUUUUGGUUUCAAUUCAGACAAGCACUGGGGACAGAGAGGAGAUUAUGAUGAAAGAGAGCACCAUGCCUUCCCUAUUUAUGGUGGCCCUAAAGGCUUCCAUGAAGACAGAGAGAGGUUUCGGCAUGUAAACUAUAGGUUUGAUAGUAGAAGUGGUCCCAGUUGGAAUAGAGGAUUUGAACAAGAUGCUCACAGAGAUUUUGAUGACCGCAGAAGACCCUGGGAAAGACAGAGGGAUAGGGAUGACAGAGAUUUUAAUUUUUGCAGAGAAAUUAAUGGAAACAGGUUUGGAAGAGACAGAAUGUCAAACAACUGGAUCCCGCCUCCACAUCCACGGGUUUUUGAAUAUUUUGAUGGGGCCACUUCUCAACGCAAAGCUGAUAAUAUGCCCCAGGUAAAUGGUGAAAAUACAGAGACAGAAAGUCAGCCACCAACUGCACAGGUGCAGGAUGAUCCAGAACUUUAUGAAAAACUGACAUCUUCUGUCGAGAUAAACAAAGAGAAGAGUGACACAGAAGCUGAUAUAGAGAGUGAACCAGUGGUAGAAAGCACAGAAACUGAGGGGACAUAAUCAUCACUCAGUAGGUAAAAGAUACCUUUUGUAAAGUUGUCAUCUCUCUGUAAUAGAUAAAUGGCUGACUGGACCGUAGCAGUUCACUUUUGUCUGCCAGAAUUAAGUUAAUCUGAUGUUCAUGUUCAUCUUUCACUUAAAUAUCUGUACAACUGACUUGUAUAGAACACUGUUCUUAAUUUGAACAUGGUAGGUAAACGUUUUUUGCUUUUGGGUUUUUUUUUUAAUUUUAUUUUAUUUCUUUGGUAAAACAUAAACUUGCCCCCAAUUGCUUUUAAUUUCACAAUGAUAAAUUAACAGCUUGUCAAACAAAGACUUCCUAUGGAAGAAAAUGGAAUUUUUAGAUACUACCCAUAGUUUGGCUAUCAAAAUUGUUAUACUUGAAAACAGGUGCUGGUGUAUCUUGUCCGUGUUUUUAGACUGCUGCAGAAUUUUAAAGUAUAGAUAAAGCUGUGAUAUUUUAUGUUCCUACAAUUCGGCAGAAAAAAAAAUGGCCCAUGUUACUUAAGGAGCAUAACACAGAGAUUAAAAGUGAUUUUGUAAAAUCUACACUAUAGUCUCUGUUUUCUCUAAAGUAAGUGUUUGUGAUUUGUUCCUCGUACUGCAGUGGGUUUAAAAAAUGAAAAAAAGUACAUUUUAAUGUUGGGUGCAUUUUGUUUUUAGAUGCCAAUAAAGCAUAUUUGUUUGA